AUGUCAACCUCCUCCCUUCCACCAUCACCUAUCCCUCUUCUAACGUCUGUCGCAUUAUACAGACAAUGGCGGCAGAGAGCCUUCGAUGAGGGUAAAUCUGUGGGUUUCGUACCGACCAUGGGAGCUCUUCACGACGGACAUUUGUCUCUUGUCCAAAGGUCGCUAGCCGAGAAUGAGCUGACAGUUCUUUCCGUCUUUGUGAACCCAGCCCAGUUCGCUCCGCAUGAAGACCUUGCCACGUACCCUCGCACCUUACCAGGAGACCUGGAACUCCUUACAGCACAGCAGGUUACUGUGGGCGACGCCGUGAGGAAAGCCUCUGCUGUAUUUCUUCCCUCGGUCCAGGACAUGUAUCCAUCGGGUAUAAGCCAGGAUGUUUCAGCACAAAAGGGCGCAUUCGUUGAGAUGAAGGGAUACGGACAUCAGAUGGAAGGCGCAAGCAGGCCAACGUUUUUCCGAGGUGUAGCGACAGUUGUAACCAAACUAUUCAAUGCGGUCCAGCCCACGAAUGCGUAUUUUGGCCAGAAAGAUAUUCAGCAAGCCUUACUUCUUCGGAGACUCUGCAAGGACCUGCUUUUCGCACACCCCGAAGCUGACCAUGUCCAUAUUGUCCCCACGACCCGUGAUCCGAACGACGGCUUAGCUUUAUCGUCCAGAAACGCGUAUCUCUCUGCGAAUGAGCGGAAAUUUGCACCUGCGCUUUACAAGGCCCUUAAACACGCCGAGUCUGCGUGGUCGAACAGCGAGUCCAAGGACCGAUGCAUUGCAAAAGCUGUCGCUGUCAUUGACGAAGUAAAAGCACAGGCUGCCAUAGACGGAGUGGAUGUGCGGCUGGAUUAUAUAGAGAUGAAUGAUUCAGAGACAUUCGAUGUUUUGAACGUAUCUUCGAACCAUCAGUUGGUAGGAGAUAUACCCGUGAUUCUGAGCGGUGCGCUAUGGGUUGGGAAGACCAGGUUGAUUGACAAUAUCGUAGUUGGUGACCUCAAUCGUAUAAUAAGAUAG